CUCUCUCCUUUCCGUUUCUCUCUUAACCUUUUGGCUUCGCUAUUUCUCUACCAGUCAAGUGUUUUCCACGGAAAAUUGUUUUAUACGGAAUAAGAAAAAAAAAAGAAAAGCUUUAAAAGAAAUGUUAGAACCUUGUUUCCUAAGUUGUUGAUUUUCUUUGAUUGUAAUUUUUUUUAUUUUGAUUUUUUGUUUUGCUCUCCAUUUUCGAAAACCAGAUUUGGAGCUCUGACUAUUGUGUUUUUUUAAUUUUUUAAUUUUGAUAUUUUUUGGAUUGGUUUUUCCAAGUUGCUGCAUCGAGCUUGCAAAUGGGGGUUUGGUUCUUGUCAGUGAAGCUCUGAAGGUAAAUUGAAGCUUCAUUGAUGUAUUUGUAUGAGACAUUAACCGUUUUAAGUUUGAAUAUGGUUUCAUUCCCAUUUUCUAUAUGGAAAAUAAUCUACUAAGUAUUUCAGUAUAAUUUUAAUAGUUGUAUCAUAUUUUAGUUUCUCAUGAACAUUAUAAAGAAAAAAAGGCUCUUCCAUUUUGUACCUGUCAUUCUGGUACUAUGUUAGGGGGACAAAAAUUGUUGAAAAAUCAAAGAAAAACAAAGAUUAUAUUUUGGAUUAUAGUUUCUGGAGUUUGGAUUAGAUGUUGUCUUGUUAUAUAAGCCACUGACUGUUCGAAUUUCUGAAGUCUGUGCUGGUAUCUCCAUGUAAAAUAAUCUGUGAAGAGUCUCUCUGUAUGCAUGUCUAAUCAGAUUCGGUCAGCAGUUUCUGUAAGGAUGGUAAGUGAGAUUAGUUAUUAUAUUCAUUUCUCAGGAUGUCGGUAGGAAUGGAAAGUUAUACCUUUGCUGAGACAGAAGCUUUGAGGGUUCUUUGAUGCAGGAACAGGUUGUCGUUCCAUUUCAUUAAAUUUGCUAUGAAAUUUUUGUUUUUGAGCUUUUGAUUUCUGUCUGGGGGCUGGAGUCUGGAGGUAUGGAUCUAUAUUUUUCUUUCAAAAGACAAGUAUGUAUUUAUUAUUAAGUUUAGAUUUUGUUUAUAUGUAGUCUGUUAACAGUUACCAUAAGCAAUUACUGAUUGUAGUCCCCAUGACAUGUGUAUAUAAAUCUAUUUGGGGCCUCUUGGGUGGAGUACCUUCAGGUAUAGGGUAUUUUGUCUUUCAUAAUUAUGAUGUUGGAAAAAGUGCUGACUUGACUGAUGGAUAGGGUUGUGUUUGCAGAAAUUGUUAGUUGAAGUGCUUGAGAUGUGGAGAAUCCAUGACUCCCUUGACGAGGGUAUUGCGUUUCUGUAACCCUGUUGAUUCCUCACAAUGUUUUUUUAGUGUGGUUGAUAUAGGCUGGUCCAAUGAACAAUAAUGUUGGGAAAAGAGGUUUGGCAGAAAAAAAUCGUAUGGUUUUUGACAAAAAGAGUCUUGAGAGUGGAGUAGUUAAUGGAGGGAUAGGCUCUGGAUCAUCAACUGAAGAUGACACAAGGUUGAAUAAGGUAACUGAAGAUGGAAACAAUGGGUUGAGGGGACUGAUUCAAAUCCAUGAGAGCUUGCAGAUUUCGCAACAACCACCUCAAGGGCCAGUCAUAUGCUGGGAGAGAUUUCUCCCUGUGAGAUCAAUAAAAGUAUUGCUGGUGGAAGAUGAUGAUUCAACACGCCAUGUUGUUCGUGCUUUGUUACGUAAUUGUAGUUAUGAAGUCACCGCUGUUUCCAGUGGUCUUCAAGCAUGGAAAGUCCUAGAAGAUCCAGGAAAUCACAUUGAUCUUGUCCUAACAGAGGUAGCUAUGCCUGUGUUGUCCGGAAUAGGUCUUUUGUGCAAGAUCAUGAGCCACAAAACUCUGAAGAAUAUCCCUGUGAUUAUGAUGUCAUCUCAUGAUUCUAUGGGUAUAGUCUUUAAGUGCUUGUCAAAAGGUGCAGUUGAUUUUUUGGUGAAACCUAUUCGGAGGAAUGAACUUAAAAACCUCUGGCAGCAUGUUUGGAGAAGAUGUCACAGUUCUAGUGGUAGUGGGAGUGAAAGUGCAACCCACACCAGAAAAUCUGCAAAGUCGAGAAGUAAUUAUGCAUAUGAAAACAAUAGUGAUAGCAGUGAUGAGAAUGACUACGGAAGCAGAGGCUUGAGUGUUCGAGACGGAAGUGACAAUGGAAGUGGCACUCAGAGUUCAUGGACUAAAUGUCUGGCUAAAGUUGGCAGUCCUCAUCCAGUUUCACCUCAUAAACAAUUGGUUGAUGCCCCUGAUAGCACAUGUGCCCAAGUGAUGCAUACAAAGCCUGAAAAAGUUAGCAGUAGAUGGGUGCAUGCAACAGAAAAAGAGUGCCGUGAACUUAUUGAUCAUCUUGAUGAAGUUGCAAUGGGUAAAGACUUGGCUAUGGGAAUAUCUUUGAAUAUGCAACUAGAGCAUCCACCUGAGGAACUGUCUAGCAACCCAAUGGGUAAAGUGAUAAAUAAGAUGCCUGGUGUAGAAGAUAUGCAGCUCAUUAAAGGACAGAGUAAUGUCUGUGAAAAAGGACAACCAGAAUACAAUGAUGAUAAAACCAGAACACAGGAAAAUCAGGCUACGAAUGUUGUUGAUGUUACUGAUAGCAACAGUCCACAAGGUGAAAGCAGAGACUUGAAUACUCCAAAUGGGUUUUAUGGUUGCUCACAAACAAAAGCAAACUGUUGCUUCAAACAGCAUCCGUCCCUUGAACUAACUUUGAAAAGGCUGGGAGAAGUAAGAGAUGCUAAAAAUGUCACUGGUGAUGAAUGCAAUGUCUUAAGACAUUCAGAUCUUUCAGCAUUUUCAAAAUAUAAUACUGCAUCUUCUGCUAACCAGGCGCAAACUGGAAAUGUGGGAAGCUGUUCCCCUUUAGACAACAGCUCGGCUGCACCAAAUACAGAUACAAUGCACAACUUUCCAUCUUAUUCCAAUGGCACUCCAAAUCAACAGUCUAAUGGGAGCAACAUCAAUGACAUGGCCUCUACUAAUACAUAUCUUGGCACCAAACCUGAAACUUAUGACAAGAAGCCAGAGUCCAUAAGAGGUAUUGGUUCGUUUAAUUCUUCUGAACUCCAAACUGUGCAGAACAAUAGUAUCUCUUCAUCUCAGAAGAAAACUUCCGUUCGGGAGGAAUAUACAGAAAUUUUUAAAGGACAAGUGGGAGGCUCUGAACAAGGCUUCCAAGUUGAACACACUCACUAUCAGCUUCACCAUUAUAAUCACAUUGCCCAUAAAGCUGCAGUAGAUCUCCGAUCAGAGCAUGAUCUCAUACUGAAAAGCUCAACCAAAGCUGCUCAACAAUGCGUAUCAUCAAAUGCAUUUGGAGGGCCGGCAGAAAGUAAUGCUGCAAACUAUGGUAUGGAUGGAAAUGCAGUGGAGAGCGAUCAUGGGAGCAAUGGACAGGACGGCAGCAACACUUUGACCAUCAGAACGAUAAAUGUGGGAAACGGCAAUGUGACUGCUGGAAGCAUUGGAGUUGGCGGCAUUGAAAGGAAAAUCAUUGGGAAUGGGGCAGAUGAAGGACGACUUGCAUUGAGAGAAGCUGCUUUGACCAAAUUUCGUCAAAAGAGAAAAGAAAGAUGCUUUGAGAAGAGGGUACGAUAUCACAGCAGGAAAAAACUAGCAGAACAGCGGCCACGUAUUAGGGGACAAUUUGUUAGACGAAUAGUGUCUGAUGCCAAAGAAGAAAGAGAUAAACAAAACGACAUGGUAUCCGUGGAUAAUUCUAGUGACAUUCCGCAAUAACACCAGCCCAAAUGCUGAUCAUUAUUUGACUGAUUCCGUUCCAGUAGCUGCCUCUAGCUUCUUACUGUCACACUAAGCCCUUCACAAGUUCACCUUGGGAGAAGCUUGGAGGUUUGUUUUAGAGGAAUCUGUGAGUAGGUAGUUUACCUUUAUUGUGUGAAAGACAUUUAAUUUGAAUCUUCAGGACAAUGUUCUAGAUUCUGUUUGUGGUUGUGAACUUAAAAACUCCAAAUGGACCCAUGGAAGUGGUUGCCGUUGGAUAGGUUAACCUCUGAUGAAAUAAAUUUUAUCAUGUUAGCGUGCAUAUCGGGUACAUCUUGUAAGCAGUCAUUGCUGUUUCUCUCCACACGCUUGCUGAAAUCGAUCCUCUACUGAAAUGGGUUUUUCGAAUUGAUUGUGGUUGAAAAGAAAGGGGAGAAUGGAGUUUCCGUGCCUCGUAUUCGUAUAGUUCAUUACUACGAAGCACGGACAGUUCAUGGCCAUGUCUCUGUCGUGCGAGUAUGAAAUGUGUUAGCCAUGCUCAUGUCCGUGUUUUUCUACACGUAAGGAUUGUAUCUAAACCAUGUCCGUGUCAUGUCAUUCUCAUCUUUGAAAAUUUCUAGUAACUGUCUUU